GGGGGGGGGGGCAUGAAUCCCCAGGGGCAUGUGGAGCUGCAUGUUUGUGCAGCGUGCACUUGCACCUGUGUGCACCGUGCACGCGUGAGCCUUCAUCUGCACGCACCCAUUGCACAUAUGCACCCCCACAUGUGUGCGCCCCAUGGUGUGCGUGCACUCAGUGCGUGUGCACAGAGCUGCAGGCGUGCCGGAGCAUGCAGGUUGCAUCCUGCACCGUGUGUACCUGCACAACCCUCUGUGUGCGCACAUCCCUUGCACACCUGCAUCCCCACAUGUGUGCGCCUCACGGUGUGCGUGUGCUCAGCGUGUGUGCAUGGAACAGCAGAGGUGCAGGAGUGUGCAGGGUGCAUCAUGCAGAGUGUGUACAUGCAGAGCCCUGUGUGCGCAUGCACCCCUUGCACACGUGCACCGUGACACGCUUGCUGAAUGUGUGUGCACCGUGCGUGUGUUCGCUGCCAAGUGCACGCGUGUGAGCGUGCGUGUGCAGGGAUGUGCACACGUGCUGCAGAUGUGUGGAGGUUCCUGCACACGUGCUGCUGCAGGCAUGUGGAUGUGCACGUGUGCACGGCGGGCGUGUGGACGUGCUGCACCUGGGUGCGUGUGCACACGUGCACAGGCACUACUCAAAGCCCCAGGCUGACUGGGUUUUCCCCCAAAAGCUGCAGCAUUUCUCCUCUUCCUCCCCAGGGAAAGCGUGAGCGGGGCUGGCUAAGGUGACGUGUUGGCGUUGAGGAGGAUGGAGGCGCCUCUUGUAAGCCUGGAGGAGGAGUUCGAGGAGGGGCCCAUGGACGAUGUGGGGACCCCGCUCCGCACCGCCGACCCAGCGCUGGCCGAGCUGGAGAGCUUCUCGGCCGAGAUGAUGAGCUUCAAGUCCAUGGAAGACCUGGUGCAGGAGUUCGAUGAGAAGCUCACCGUCUGCUUCCGCAACUACGACGCGGCCACCGAGGGGUUGGCCCCGGUGCGGGGGCGGCUCCAGGUGCAGGAGGAGGAAGAGCGGCUCCAGGAUGAGGAGGUCUGGGACGCUCUCACUGAUGGUUUCGCCCCCCGGGGCUCCCCCCGGCCCUGGCUGCUCCCCGAGGCCGAGACCCCCGACAGCACCGACCCCCAGCUCUGCAAGAAGGAGGAGGAGGAGGAGCUCACCGAGAGGAGCGAGCAAGACUCGGGCAUCAACGAGGAGCCGCUGCUGACAGCAGAGCAGGUCAUCGAGGAGCUGGAGGAGCUGAUGCAGAGUUCGCCGGACCCUGAGGCUGACCCUGAGGGUGAUGAGGAUGAGGAGGAGGAGGAAGAGGAGGAGACUGAGGCCGAUGCUGAAGGCGAAGGCGGUGGCGAGGGCACGGAGCCCAUCCUCCUGCGGGAGCUGCGCGCUUUCCCCCCUGCCUUCAACAACAACUGCUCCCACGAAGGGCUGGCCCGUUUGUCCCCGCGGGAGCUGGCGGCGGCGCUGGGGCGCGCGGAGGCGGCGAGCCGGGCGUUGUCGGCGGAGCUGGUGGCGCAGCUGGCGCGGCGGGACGAGCUGGCAUUCGAGAAGGAGGUGAAGACGGCGUUCAUCGGGGCGCUGCUGGCCGUGCAGGGCGAGCAGCGCGAGCAGAGAGAGGCCGCCCGGCGCCGCCGCCGCGACCGAGGGCUCAGCGUGCAGGGCGGGCGCCCCGUGAACAACAUGCCCCGCAAGCGCUUCAGCAUGGAGGGCAUCUCCAGCAUCCUGCACUCGGGGCUGCGCCAGACCUUCGGCCCCGCCGCCAGCGAGAAACAGUACCUGAACACGGUGAUUCCCUAUGAGAAGAAGGGCUCGCCGCCCUCCGUUGAGGACCUGCAGAUGCUCACCAACAUCUUGUUCGCCAUGAAGGAGGGGAAUGAGAAGGUGCCCACGCUGCUCACGGACUAUAUCCUCAAAGUUCUCUGCCCGACCUGAUGCCGCCGCCCCCGGAAAAUGGGGCAAAACCCCAGGAAAAUGGGUCACCCGCAACCCCCCCACCCCGCACCUCCCCCCUUUGCACAGCUGGGAAAUAAAUAAUUCGUUUCAUUAAUUAA